GGUUGUUGGAGUUGCAAAUGGUUUAUAUACACAUUCGUUUAAAUUAUUCUGUGGUACCUCUGUUCUGCUGCACGCAUAAAAACAGUUACUAUGUUAAUUUACGGCCUCUCCUGAGAUUCAAUGAUUUGUUUAGAUGCGUCAGCAAAGACAAUGCAAAAUUAUUGCGAAGUAUUCUUAGAAAGAGCGAUUUUACAGAUAAUUCAUGGGGGUGCGUGUGUGUUUCAGAAUUAGCUGUUUCCAUGGCUUCUGCUGUCGUGGUAUCCACCCAAAAUCUGUUAAGGAGAAGUCCGUAGAGCUAUACAUAUUCAAGUCGUUUUUUAGCAGAUCUUAUCCAAUACAAAUUCUGCAACAACAGCAAACAUGAAGAAGUUCUGUGCACCCAUUCUGAUUGUGAUUGUCAUUUUGCCAUUGAUUACAUAUGGUAAUGCAGGCAGUUCAAUGGAAUUCGCCUGCGAUCAACGGAAGGCUGCCACGAAAUCAUUCGACUUCUGUAACACUUCAUUGCCCAUUAAAAACCGCGUGGAAGACAUCAUAAGACGGUUGACAUUGAAGGAAAAAGUGGCACAGUUGUACACUUCAGCAGAGGGCAUAGAGAGGCUGGGCAUUCCUGCAUACGAAUGGUGGUCAGAGUCACUGCACGGCAUUGCGCCGAAUGGGCCGGGCGUCCGCUUUAAUGGCAGCAUAAAGGCGGCCACUAUGUUUCCCCAAGUCAUUCUCACCGCCGCCUCUUUCAAUGAAACACUUUGGUCUGCCAUUGCAGGAGCUGUGGCCGUUGAAGCUCGGGCUAUGUACAAUUCUGGCCAGGCCGGCCUUACUUUCUGGGCACCCAAUAUUAAUAUAUUCAGAGAUCCUCGUUGGGGUCGCGGCCAGGAGACUCCUGGUGAAGAUCCCCUUAUUACCAGUAGAUAUGCUGUUGUCUAUGUCACUGCAUUCCAAGGGGAACAAGAAAAAGCUCAACAACCCAGUAGUUUGAUGCUGUCUGCUUGCUGUAAGCAUUUCACUGCUUAUGAUUUGGAAAAAUGGCAUAACUAUUCUCGCUAUUCUUUCGAUGCCGUGGUUAAUCAACAAGACUUGGAAGAUACUUUCCAACCACCCUUCAAGAGCUGUGUGAAAGAUGGCCAUGCAAGUUGUAUGAUGUGCUCCUACAAUCAGGUAAAUGGAGUUCCAGCAUGUGCAAAUCGUGACUUCCUUUCCAAAUUGAUAAGAUCUGAGUGGCAAUUUGAAGGGUACAUUACUUCUGACUGUGAUGCUGUUGCAGUUAUUUUUGAGAAUCAGAAAUAUGUAGAUACUCCUGAAGAUGCAGUUGCAGAUGUCUUGAAAGCAGGAAUGGAUAUUAACUGUGGAACAUAUUUGCUUCGUCACACAUUAUUGGCAAUGCAAAAGGGAAAGCUUCAUGAGUCAUUUAUUGAUCGAGCCCUUUUUAAUUUAUUUUCUGUGCGAAUUCGCCUUGGUCUCUUUGAUGGUGAUACUAACAGUCAAACAUAUGGUAAUCUGAAGCGCCAAGAUGUAUGUUCUGAUGAGCAUCGUCACCUAGCACUAGAAGCUGCUAGACAAGGGAUAGUGCUUUUGAAGAACAAGGACAAUACUUUGCCAUUAUUGAAGUCAAAAAUAGCCUCUCUAGCACUAAUAGGACCUAAUGCAAAUGCAUUAAAUACAUCACUUGGAGAUUAUGCAGGUACUCCUUGCAAAAUCAUAACUCCCCUUAUAGGCCUUACGAGUUACAUAAAGAGAAUAUCAUAUUCUCCGGGAUGUCAGUAUGUGAAUUGUACUUCCACUGAUGGAUUUGAAGCAGCAGAAAGGAUUGUAGCACAAGCUGAUGCUGUAAUCAUGAUUAUGGGAUUGGACCAAACACAGGAAACAGAAGACCAUGAUCGCGUAGAUCUCACUCUUCCUGGAAAGCAACAAAAACUAAUCUCUAAAGUUGCAGGGGCUUCUAAAGGACCAGUGAUACUUGUUCUCAUGUGUGGAGGGCCUGUGGAUGUCUCAUUUGCAAAAGAAGAUCCUCGCAUAUCUAGUAUUUUGUGGAUUGGUUACCCAGGAGAAGCUGGUGGCCAAGCACUAGCAGAAGUAAUUUUUGGAGACUACAAUCCAGGUGGCAGGUUGCCUAUGACAUGGUACCCUCAAGACUUCACCAAAGUGCCCAUGAAUAUUAUGAACAUGCGUCCUAAUGCUUCUACAGGAUACCCAGGCCGAACAUAUCGAUUCUACACAGGGGAAACUGUCUUCGAAUAUGGUUAUGGACUGAGUUAUUCAAAUUAUUCUUAUAAAUUUGUAUCAUCAAACAAGCAACUUUUCAUCCCCAGGGAUUUUGAGAAUCGUGUAUAUUCACUUUCAGAGGUGGUUUUCCCAGAGACCAAAGUGGAACUCCCCCACAUUUAUGUUGAUGAGUAUACAGGUUGCCAAAAAAUCAAGUUUGCAUUGCAGGUAUUGGUUUAUAACCAUGGAAGCAUGAAUGGAAGCCAUGUUAUGCUCUUAUACUCUAAACCUCCUGCAACUCACAGAGGGGUGCCGCAGAAACAACUAAUUGGUUUUACAAGGGUUCACGUGGCAUCUGGGAAAUCUAUGAAUGCUGAGUUUGUUGUGAGUCCAUGUGAGCAUCUAAGCACUGUGACAGAGGACGGUAGAAGGCUCUUAUCUAUUGGGUUUCACACGUUGAUCAUAGGAGAUUCUCAACUUAAUCUUUCUCUCACGACGCACAUUGUCACAUGAAAUAAGACAUUUGAGUGCACCCUUAGUGGCAAUAACUGACCCAAGUUUAGCAGGGUUGAAUGUUUCUUUUAUGGAAUAUUAAGAUAUCUCUGGUUAUUGAUUCCUUUUGAAUGCA